UAUCGCGGCGGGGGCGACCGUGGGGACGCAGCGAGUUUUUCGACUCCAGCUCGUUAGAUAAUAUCCGUAGUCCACAGUUUAGCGUGUGUGUGUGUGUGUGUGUGUGUGUUUAUGACGCCAGUGUAGCGCAACAGCUGAAGAUACAUUAUCGCGUACCAUCAUGCAGGCAGGUGGGGCCAGUGGACUGGAUCUACAGACCCAGCUGGCACAUAAAGAAAGGGAGCAGAAGGAGCCCCAAGCUGUCAGGGUUCACAAGCUGGAGUGUUCCCUCCAAAAGGCCCAGGAGGAGUGCUCCUCCCUCAGAGAACACUACCAGCAACUGAAGGAAGAUUUCCAGUUCAACCUGGCCAUCCUGGAUGAACGAGACAGAGAGUUGAACAAAUAUGAUGUCAUAACUGCCAGAGCUCUGACUUUGGAAAACGAGAGGCAGGAGGCGCUAAACAACCUCUAUAUGCAGGUCACCAGGCUCGAGGAGCAGAGGGCCAGAGAGGCUGAAGAGAUGCAGGUGGAGCUGAGUGAAAGUCGGCACAAUGUUGCUCAGCACAGGUUGCAACUGGACAAGCUUAACCGCUCUACGGCUAUUGAAAUUCAAAAGCAAACAGAGGAGAAUGAGAGGAUGAAAAGUAAUUUGCAGCGCAGAAUACAGGAGGUAGAAGGACAGAUGGCCCUACAGAAACAGGAGUUGACAGUGGCUUUUGAGGCAGAGCUCAGACAGCAGGAGCAUGAGUUCAACUUGAAAAUGGAUGAGAUGUGCGCUGCAGUGCUGUCUCACAAUCUCAAGGUGAAGCUGCUAUCGAGAGAGACUGAAGAGCACUGUCAUGCUCAGCUGCAGGCUACAAACACCUUGAAAGCAUCUGAGGAGUUCUGUCAGCAGAUACAAACCCAGUUGCAACACAAGGACCAGCAGAUCAAAGGCCUCACUGUUGUCAAGGACCACAGGAUAAAGGAACUUGAGGAUGAAGUUAAACGGAUGCAGAGCAGACUGAAAAAGACGGAGGGUUACAACAUAAAUAAAUAUGAGAAUGUGGUCGAGGCUCUGAAAAAGUGUGAAGCACAACUGGAAACUCAGCAUCAGGCCCACACAGAGCAGUUGCAGAAGGCUGAGAAACGCAUUGACAGAAUACAGGAGAAUGUGGACGUCCUGACUGCACGGGUACGCUGCUUACAGAAAGACAAGCAGGAGGCCAUGGAGCAGAAAAAAGAGACAAUCGUGAGGCUUCAACAAGAGGUAGAAACAACCCGGACCGGCUGGGACAAGUAUAUCACUCAGGUCUCCAGGGAGAUGGUUGUCAAGGAUAGCGAGAUGAUCUCUCUGCAGGACGGAGAAUCCAAACUCAGAGCUGAGCUGGAGAGGAGCAGGGAGGAGAUCGAAAGGUACAAGCAACAGCUGUGUGCUGGUUUGGAGAGAGAAAGGAACUUAGAACAGAGGGAGGUCCAGGUGGAGUUGGAGUGGCAGAGACACUGUGAGGACAUGAAGGCGAAACUCUACCUUGCCAAUGAGAAGCUAAUACAAGAACUGUCACAAGCAAGAGAUCAGGCGAAAGCGGGGCUGAAGGAGAAAGAACAAGAGCUAAAGGACAUUACUAUCUUACUACAUUCUGUUACAACGGAGAGAGACCAGGCGACAAUGGGUCUCACACCAAAGGUAGACUCUCUGCCAUCAGUGGAGAUCCAACGUAUGCAGGAGCAAAACACAAUCCUCCGGGAUGUGGUUACUCAGAUGAGGAAGAACAUGGAGCAUCUCAGCCAUCCCCUAGUCCACUCCCAGGUCCAGCCACAGGUCUCCUCUCCUAGGCCAGUUCCACAUCCAGGAUCCACUGCCAUCCCCUCCAAAGUCAGCCCAACAGGUGGUCAGCAGGAGGACAGAGUGGCUCAUACAGAGUGUGCUCUUGCCAAAAUCAUGGAAAAGAUUGCGCUGGCACAACAGCUCCAGGAGGAAAACCUGCAUUUGCGGCGGCAGCAGGCCCCAGAUCUGUUUGAAAAUGUCCUUGGUGCAAAAGGCAACCCUCCUCUUCUGCGAACCAGGUUGAAGCAGGCAGCGUCCUGUAUCGCCCGUCUGAGCAGAGAGAAACAGCAGCUAAUAGAGAUGGGCAACCGCAUUCGUGCCCAGAUCACCACUGCUGGACUACAGGAGCCAGUGGAAGCAGAAAGGGACUCUUCCACAGAGAAGCAAGCAGACCAACUUGGCCGGUUUUCUGCUCUGGAACAACUGCAGUACCAGCUCACCACACAGGAGCUGCAGUUUGCUCUGAGGCAGAGGGUGUGCACUGAUGUGGAACAGCUUCUCCCUGAAACCAAUACCCAAGGUCCUGCGACUGCCUACCCUCGGUCCCAGGAUCACAAAACCACAGACAGAUCUGAGAGCUCCAGGAACAAAGAAAACACUGCUCCACUCAGCCAGUCACAGAGCUCAUCGGACAUGGGGCCACAACCCCACUCAGGUCUGUCCAGGUCACAGUGCUCAACAGAGGAGUCAUUACAUUCGCUGAAGGAGCUGUGGGAGAUACUAGACCGUGAAAUCAGUCCAUCUAUUUUCUCAGAAGGUAACAGUGAGCUGAGCAGGAGGGAGGUAGCUGAAUCUCUUGGUGCUGAAGUCCAGAUGAUGGUGGAUGGUAUCAGCGCUCCCAUUUGUGAGGCCCAGCAGAGGAUGAACCCCGGUAAAACAUCAUCAAACACAACCAGGACUCGCAGACAUGGAGCCCCUGGCAAGAUCAGAAACUACAAUGUGAAAGACUGACACUGGAACAACACUUGUAUCAAAUUUUCUGUGGCUCUUGAGGAGCUUUGUCAAGUCUGAUGUCAUCAUGGUUAUCUCAGCUGCAGAUUCAUGAGACCGGUUCUGUUAGAGAUUUCUCCCUGUUAAAAGGGGGUUUCACUGGUUGACUGCAUUGUGGAAACUGUUGGGUUUUUCUUUAAUACUGUGAGGUCUCGACCAUAGUUUCAAAACUAGGGUAAGAAGAAGGGUCUACUGAACAUAUAUUUCUUUUUAUCGCAGCUGGACUCAUACUAGGAACUGAAGGUCAGCUGUCCUUCAUAAUCUGUCUCUUAAAUUAAAUUUUGCAGAUUGUUUUUAUUUUAUUACACAUUCUUUAUUAAUCCUUAAGGCACAAGUACACACAAGAGUCAAAGCACCUACAUAAGAAAUUCCGUAUAUUUAUAUCAAGAAAUGUUAAAAAUAGCAAAACACAAAAUUCAUAAUUACAUUUCAGAAUGAAACUUAAUAUAGGCCUAUAACCUUUAUUCUGUAUAAUCCUAUUUCUAAGUAUGUACUGUAUUAUUGAAGGCAAUUCUGUAUGUUUUGAAAUUACCUUGCAAUAAAGUCAGAUUUUUAUUUCCCCAAAAAAA